AUGAAGACGACGACGCGAGAUGUCUUACCAAAAGCUAGCCACGGAGACACAAAGCCAAAGAAUAGAGAUGGAGGAGAUCUAUCAGUUGUUCACGUGAAGACAAGAAGAUCUACUAGUUCUUCUAGACCCAAAGAUGACGACGCAGAGCUCAAUAUCUUCUUCUUCCACGAUCUUGCAUUUCUUCUGAUUUUUUGCCGGUUUCCCAACAGAUACUUGAGCCGGAACGUCCUAAGGAGGACUAUAAAACAUGCCAACGAACAAAUAGACGUUAUCAAGGCUUACUUGGAACACAAGAAAAUACUUAAGCGUUCCACCGAAGUGAUGGAGGUUUUCAAGGCCCUCAUUUUCCCCAAAGAUGUUGAGCCCUCGCUUAUUGAUGUUUCAACUAACAAAUCGGUUAACAUCGAAGUGAUGAAACAGAAGAAUGUUCUAUUCUUCAUUUCGAGCCUGGACAUCACCCUUGAAGAAAUCUCGGUCCUCAAGCCGGUUUAUGAUGAAAUAAGUAAGAAGGAUCAGUAUAAAAUUGUAUGGAUCCCAAUUGUGGAGCAAUGGACUGAUGACUUGAAAAAGAAGUUUGAGGAUGACAAGCACAAUUUCUUCUAUGGAGGCAAGGACGAAGGCGGAUGGAUCCAACAAUUUACCACGAAAGCAAAAUCCCUGGCAAUUGACCCGGCGUUGAAGGAGGCAAAGAUUUCUAUUGAGUUGGUUCAUAUAGGAAAGAACCAGAAAGGGCAGUACGAUGAUGGCAUUCUAGGGCGUUUUUGGGACACAAUGGAAAGCUUUUUCUUCUCCAAGACUGAAAAGAAAACUGAAAAGGACGAUAUAAGCAAGGAAACACAAAAGCUACUAUCCUACAAAAGCGAGAGUGGAUGGGUAAUGCUGAGCAAAGGGUCUAAAGUGAUAUUCACAGGACAUGGGACAACUAUUUUGCAGGUCGUCAAUGAGGCUGAAAAAUGGAAGGGGUGUGUGCGUGAGAUUGGCUUCGAUGUAGCAAUCAAACAGUACUUUGACAACAUUAAUCGAAUCAACUGUUCUCGUGUUGACAUCCCGCUUGGUGUUGGAAAGAUUCCAGAGCAUAUGCAUUGCGCUGACUGUUCCCGCGUCAUGAAGACCUAUAUGAGUUUUAAGUGCUGCCACGUUGACGGUGCUCCCAACGCACUGCACUAA